AGAACGACGACCAGUCACCAGUUGAACGGCAUCGGUUCGUUUUUCGAUUGAUAUUCUCGCAAGUGCAUCCGAGUUGCUAUUUUUUUUUUUUUUUUUAUCCGUUUCGUAGAAAAUUCGCACCACAAUGAACAAUAAGGGUGAAAAAUGGAGGCCGAUGCACAUAUCUAACCCAUCUACACGCCUCCGGAUGGCAAGAAACAUGCCCCAAUGGAUGAGUAAAUCAGGAAACAGUUUCCCAGCACCGCCUGUGCCGAAAGAGGAACACAGACAAACGCAAUUAAAUCAUAGACAAACAAUUGAUGAACCAGAUUAUGAAGUUAUCGAAUUUGGACAAUAUUCCAAUGAUGUACCCCCGUUACCAGAAAAAAAUAUCAAUAAUAGAAAAAAAGAUGGUUUACACUGUCAAUUAUGUGGAUCUUCUGCUUCUAGUGUACAUUGCGAUCAAUGUAAACAAAUUUUUUGCCUCUCCUGCGAUGAUAUGUAUCAUAGGCACCCAAAACGACAGACUCAUACUAGACGGCGACUGGAAGAGACUAUUCGACCGCCUUUACCACCUAAAGGAGAAGCUAUCUUAGCUCCCGUACCACCUCCCAGACGACAUAGACGAGCGGGAUCACUUGGACCCUCUCCCUGCCCCAGCCCGUUACCAAUUAGGCACUCACAGGUGAAUAGAUCAUCGACGAUGCCGAGGCGAGAGAGUCACGGGGGGUUUUGUCUUACAGAUAAAACGUCGAGUUUUAAAAGAGACAGUUUCGGAAGUAGACCAUUACCACCACCCCCAAAUUCUUAUCAACGUGACAUGUCGUCAGUGGAUUUAAAUAGCAGAGGACUCGUUCCCAGUCCGAGUCCGUCGUUGCAGCAGCGUUAUAAGCAACACCAAUUAGCAAUGAAAGGAACUUUAUCUAAUACUUCAUCAGAUUUUGAGCGGAAUUCCAGUAAAGAUACGGGAUUCCCGGGAUCGGAAAGCGGACAAUGGAAUGUUAGAUCGAGAGCGGGUAGUGUAUCCGGAUCGGAUAUCGGUAGAAACGUUUCGAGGAGGUUCGAUACGUUUCAUCCCGAUAGAGAACAUCCCGUGGCGCAUCACCAGCACGGAUUCGUGCCCGUACAACAGGCCCAAUCGCUGGCUAACUUGAACUAUCCGCCAUCUUGUUGUCCGACGCCGUGGAUGAACCAAUUCGGAUACGAUCAUCAACUUCACGGCAGCAACCUCAGUUUAAAUAUGGCUCCCAGGGGGUAUAUGAUGAAUCCCGUUUGGAUGAAUCCCUGGAAUAACAACGUCCCGAUGUACCCGUCGCCGUUUUCGAUGUCGAUUAGCAACAUGCAUCCGAGUGGGGUUCAAGGUUUCCAACAUUCGAGACCCCCUUCUCCGACGCAAAGCGUCAAAUCGAGAAAAUCGAACCAGAGUCGAAGAAGUCGGAAAAAAUACGUCGAAGAUACCGAAGACGAGGACGAAGACGAUCGAAGAUCCACUUUCAGCGAUAGAAGAUCGUCGCGCGGUCGAUUUUCCGCGAAAAGGGAAAUUCCCGAGCGACCGAUAAAUAAAAGAAGUAUACAUACGCCAUCUAGCGAUACCGACGACGAAUUAUCGGACGGUAGUAACCGAUUAAAAAGUGUCGGUAAAGAAGGAAACCGCACCGAACAAAUCGAGGCUCGAUGGGAAUGCGAGCAUUGCACGUUCGUUAACGAACCGAACACUAAAGUGUGUCAGGUGUGUUGCAAGACGUCUUCGACUAUUAAAACGAUAAAUAAAAUCGAAGAAGAAAAGGGGAAACAACAAAUUAAUAUGUCCAGCGACGAUUUCAGUCGGGAUUAUAGCGAAACCGAAUCGGUUUUGAAUAAAUUGGGCAAAAUGCGGACGUCGGAUACGGAAACGAAGAAAGGAGAAGAAGAUUCUUGCUCGGUUAUCAGUGACGUGGAUAAAAUAAAUAACGAAUCGAAAGAGACUGUUAGUUUGAGUGAAGUGAAAACUGAUUGUGCCGGUGAAAAUAAAUCUCGUCAAAAUGUCACUUCUAUUUCUACUGGAACGUCGCCGCCUCCCCAAAACAUAUCUACGCAGACUUACGAAGAUGUACCUUUAGAACAAAACCGCUAUCCUCCAAGAGGUAGAAGUCGUAACCGUAAUAAUUAUUUGAAACGUUCUCAAUCUUUACAUUCGCCUAAUUCAGAAUGGUCAUCGUUGCACAGAUCGACAAGUAGAAUGUCUUAUACAUCAGACUCCCAGAGUUUACCGGGGAGCAGAGAAACGAGCCCUAUACCGUACGUCGACGAAUCUCUGUUGAAUAAAAGAAAUAAUUCAACAAAACACCGACCGUCUCAGCCAGAUAUUAGACAAUCGCGUAGUAUAUUGGACCUAAGGAAACCGGAGUUGUACAGGAGACCCAGCCAGAUCGAUCUCGCAUACCACAGGACGGAAAAUUCGAAUCAAAGUCACCUUAGGCCAGAAGCUUUUCAGCAUCAUUUUGAACGAAACGUCGCCGAAACUAAUGGAUACGAUCAUUUCCAAACGUCAGGCAUGGAAAUCGUAAAAUUAUUAAGGGAAGCCGAACAGUACAAAUAUACUGCCGACGAAGUACAAGCAGCACUUUUACACUGUAAAGAUAAUAACCCGAUUGAAUGGUUGAAGGAAAAUUGGGAAAAUACAAUUUCCAGUGUUCAAACAUUAGCUACACAAUUGGGUCGCGAAGGACCAAUUAAUAUAGUCGGUACGGUGUCUAAAACCGAAGCCAGAGACGCAUUAAGGAAACAUAAAGGUAAUUUAUGGCCGGCAGUGGAAGAAUGCGUAGAAAUGCGUCAAAAAAAGUAUGCGGAAUUGGCUUCAAGAGGGGACUAUAAUCGCGAAGAUAUAAUAACAGCUCUAACGGCCAAUCACGGUGACUUGGAACAAGCCUACAACGAAUUAAGUAAAAUGCAGUUGAAACCGUUUUUAAUGAGAAUAUGGGGACCGCCGGUCGGUAAUGAAAAUGAGGCAGGUAACGAGGGGGUCGAUUUAAGGACGCUUGAAAAAAGGGAUGUAUUAACAGAGGAAUCGUUAUUAAAAACGGAAUCGAAAGCAGUAAGUACCCCCUCUUCUAUAAUUAGCACCAAUUCCAGUGAAAAUUUGAAUCAACUUUAUUCCGGAAAUAAUAAAAUUGAAGAAGAUAGUAUGAAAGAUAACAAAGAAGCUUUAGAUAAUUUAGAAAUUGAAAUUUUAAAAAACUUGGAAGAUAUUAAAAUUUUGAGCGAAAACCUAACCCAAGACGAUGAUAUUAAAGAAACUAAUACAAAUAUAGUUGAAAAUAGAAUAAAUAACAUCGAAUUAACUGAAGGAUUUAAUCGAAAUGAAGAAAUACUUGAUGAAAAUGAUGAAAUACUAGAAGAAACUUCAAAUAAGGAUACAAAAAGUUCAGAAAUUGAAAGUCAUCCACUUGGAAUGGAUAAUAAAGAAAAUCAGAAACCUACAACGGGGAAAAUAUAUAUAGAAAAAAGUAGUACCGUAAUCCAUAUUGCGGAUUAUCCUGUAGAACCUAAAAAUUCAGAUGACGAAAGUGAUUUACAAUUUUUAGAUGCUCUAGAAACGCCUAAUCAAGAACCUGAUAAGAAAAACGAAAGAAAAAAAAGCGUUUCUACUAUAAAUUUAUAUUUCGGUGAUAGAAAUAAAGAAAACGCAGAAACCAAUGAAGGAAAUGGUGUAAUGGAAAGCAAAGCUUCGAUUUUAUUGAAACCUGUUACUAAAAAUGAUAAAAAUAAACAGAAAACGUUGAAGAACGAUGAAAGUAGUAGUGAAAUAACUAAAGAAGAGGUUAGUGGUAAGAUACUUAACGAAGAUGGUAAAAAAAUAGGUUGCUUUACCACAAAUGAUGAAAAUGAAGCAAAUAUUGGACAGAAUGAAAGUGGAUCUUACCAAAUCAAAAUUGCACCAGUUGUUUCACAUGAUAAAAGUGAAGAAGCAACUCUGGUAAAUGUAAAUCGAACCGAUAAUGAAAAAAUAGAAAAUAGUGAACGAUUUGGUACUGGAAAUGAAGAAAAAGAUGAUAAAAUUGAAUCAAAAGAUGAAGAAAAACAAAUAAUUGGCAAAGAAAAUGUUAAUGAAGAAAUGAUAGUUCAAUUUUUGAAAGAAAAUAAACAGAAAACUGAAAGAAACGAAAUGAUAUCAAAUUCAUAUACUACUAAAGCUCAAACUGUCUUUAAUCAAACCGUUAAUGAAGAAAUACAAGAUGGUGAACGAUUUGGUACUGGAAUAGUAGAAAAAAAUGAUAAAAUUGAACCAAAAGUUGAUUAUAAUGACGUGGGAUCUUCAAAUGAUGUAAUAGAAGAUAUGGGUGGUACAAAAGAUGAAGAAAAACACAAUAUUAAUGGAAAAAAUUAUAAUGAAGAAUUGAAAAUUCCAUUUAGCAAUAAAAAUGAACAGAAAACUGGAGUAACUGUCUUUAAACAAAUUGUUAAUGAAAAAAUAGAAAAUAGAGAACGAAUUAGUAAAGGAAUUGAAGAGAAAGAUGAUAACUGUGAACUAAAAGUUGGUUAUAAUGAUGAAGGAUCUUCAAAUUAUGUAAUUGAAGAUGUUAAUGAUACAAAAUAUGAAGAAAAACGAAAAAUUAAUGAAAAUAAUGAUAAUUUAAAUCUGGAAAAUCCAAUUGUCGAAGAAAAUAUGCAAAUAAUCGAGGAUAAAAAAGGAAUUGUGACAAAUUUAGUUGAAAAUAACUCAGAUACAAUUGAAUCUCGAAUAGUUUUGAUACAAACAGUUAAUGAAAUAACAACAGAUGGAAAAUAUGUUAACGGUACUGAAUUUGAAGAAAAAAUUGAUAUGGGAGAAUUGAAAGAUGAAAAAACACAAAUGCUUGAUGAAAAAAAUAAUAAUUUUAAAAAGAAAGCUCCAAUAAUGAAACAAAAUGAGAAUAAGAAUGAAAAAAACGUCGUAGUAAAAUCAAACGAACAAACUAUCAAUAACUCAACUAGAAAUACAACUUUUAAGAUAAAUAGGAGAAGAUCAGUUAAAAAACGAAAUAGAUAUGACAAAAAAAAUAUGAAUAAUAAAAUAAAAACGUUCAAAAGUGAGGAAAAUAACCUACCAAAAGAAAAUAACAAUGCUAAUAAUAACCAAAUCGGAAUUUUCACAAAACAACACGAUACAAUAGAAAAAUCACUUUCUUCGAAUGAUAAUUUAAAAAAACAUCAACAAAAACUAUCUACACAAUCAAAUAAUGAACAUUUUCAAAAUAUAAAUAACGAAAUUCUCGUGGAAUCAACAAACAACAACGUAGGUAGAAAUAUUGAGGUUAUAUAUAGCGAAAGCAGUGGCGUAUCAAGUCUGAAGUUGGAGAGCGAGAACCAUCGAACUAUAAAAAAGCCAUCGAGAAUACCGUUGUUGAAGCAACGGUGCAUAUCUAUAACGAACGCGCUUUUAUCGCCGAUGACGGGCGCUAGCAAAAUACCAAUCAAAACGAAAUUUUCGUUUAAAAGAGAAACGAAAACACCGCAAAAAGAAGUAGAAACGUGUAGUUCUCCAGAUAUAAGUCCGGAUCGAGUAAAAGAAAUUAAUAGACAAAAAUUGAUUUCUUCUAAUAAAAAUUCCUUCGAUUCGACCACUAGUUCUAAACAACUUUCUUAUACUAAAUCUUUGGAUAACGAUAGCGAAUCUUCCGUGUCGGACAGUAACAUAGAAGAUUUAUUAGAAGAUGAAAAUAGUUAUGAGGAAUUUGAAGACGAUUCCGAUGACGUACAUAGGAUUAAUUCCGAUAUGGAAACGUUGAAUUCGAAUUUGAACAGGGAUAAUACCGUCAUUGAUAUGAGUAAAAAUAAAAAUUACAGUAUCGAAGAAACUUGCGAAUCGGAAGAUGAUGAUAGUGAUAAUAAUGAAAUGGAAGAUAAUAGACAAUCGAUGACGGAUAUGGAGCGACAGAGCAGACAACUUUUGGCAGAAGGACAAGUUGAAACUUACGAACAAGCCGAAUUAGCUUCAAGCUUACUACAAUUGAAAUUUUCUAAGGAACAAGCACUCGAAGCAGUUAAAAAUUGCCAUUCCAUAGAUGCCGCUAUUUCGUUUUUACAACAAGACUGUGAAUUGUGUGCAGGCAAAUAUCCCAUGAAACAAAUGAUAUCGAUGCUGAAAUGUAUCCACAGAUGCUGUCAGGAAUGCGCUAAAAAUUACUUUACCAUCCAAAUAACCGAUAGAAGUAUCAUGGAUUGUAAUUGUCCGUUUUGUAAACAACCCGAUCUGACUAGCGCCGAUCUAAACGACGAAGAUAUCACAGAAUAUUUCGGAAAUUUGGAUAUACUUUUGAAAGGAAUUUUAGACGAACCCGUACACGAAUUAUUCCAAAGGAAAUUGAGGGAUAGAACAUUGAUGCAGGAUCCACAUUUCAAAUGGUGUAUACAGUGUUCAUCGGGGUUCAUUGCUCAUCCUCGACAGAAACGUUUGAUUUGUCCGGAUUGCAAAUCUGUUACUUGUGCAAAUUGUAGAAGACCGUGGGAGAAACAACACGAAGGAAUCACCUGCGAAAAAUUCGCCGAAUGGAAAGACGCCAACGAUCCCGAAAAUCAAGCAUCCGGCGUGGCGAAACACCUCGCCGAAAACGGCAUAGAUUGCCCCAAAUGCAAAUUCAGAUAUUCCCUAUCGAAAGGCGGUUGCAUGCAUUUCACUUGCACCCAAUGCAAACACGAAUUCUGUUACGGUUGCGGCAAACCGUUCAUGAUGGGCGCCAAAUGUACGGUCGGCCAAUAUUGCGCCAAAUUGGGUCUGCACGCCCACCAUCCGAGGAACUGUCUGUUCUAUUUGAGAGACAAAGAACCUCAACAAUUGGAAAAAUUGCUUAAGGACAAUAAAAUACCCUUUAAAAUAUACAAUAACCUCGAGGACGGCUCCUCCGCGUCGGUAGCUAAAUGUUUGGUGCCGUUACAAAAAGAAACCCCCGCAGGUUUAAUAGAUUCGAUAUGUAAUAACGAAGUACAUUCCGGGGAAUCGGGAUUGUGUAGGGAUCACUAUGUAGAGUAUUUGUGUACUUUGACGUUGAAAAAUAAGUUGGAAACGUUGGAUGUAUUGUCGACCGAUGAUUUGGAAACGGUCGUCAGAAGGGCCGGUAAAAAGUUGCCUCCGAAUGCGUUCGGAACACCCCGAAACGUGUAUCGGUUACGUUUGAAACAGGUAUUCGAAACGCCGUUUUGUUUUUACCAAAAAAUUACCGUAAACUAAUCACACUAAUAUCGACGGGGCCGUUGGGUCGGUUGUUGACCGUUGGUUGCUUAUCGGACGGCUCGGUUACCCCGCUUGAUGGGGUUUUUGUAGUUUUAGGAUAAAAAAAAAAACGGCGUUUCCGGAACGAUAUCACUUAUCUGAUCGUUUGGUUUUUUUUUUUUCUAU